AAUGAAUUUAUGUAAUUAUAGGUGGAGAAGAUGCAGUCACGUGAUCCAAUGGAGAAGGACAUGGCUGCUAGGAAGAAAGAAGAGCGUGUAGCCGAAGCAGAGUUGCGCAAGCUGGAGGAAAGGGAGAGGGCUAAAUAUGAGCAUGCUGCUGCCGGCGCCGGCACUGGAACCACCGCCGGAACUGCUCACCUACCAACUGGGACUGGAGGGACUCACCCGGCUGGAACCACUAGGGUCGGUCUGGGCCAUAACACCCGUACUGGAGGAGCUGGUACCGGUGGUAUAUAGACCAAAUUUGCAAUC